ACAGCGGCGCUGCGUCCCCUGUGUCGCACCGGAGUCAGUAGUUGGGCGGAGUUGUCCUCGGCAGCUUUUCUUCUCCGCCGGUGUGAAACGGUUUAGGUCUUUUUCGCCGGAUCUUAACCGGGGGCAUCUUGUAGGAAAUCGCGCUACCGGCGAUGGCGCAGAACUGUCUCGAGGUGCAGACCUGACGCCUCCGUCGCGCGAAGGGAUGUGGACUCUUAUGGGUCGGGGCUGGUCGCAAGGCCGCGCGCUGGCAGCCUUGCGGGCCGCAGGGACCGCACAGCGGGGACGCCUGGAGCCUCUUCCCACGCCGACCCGUGGGGCCCCUGCCGAGUUCAGGGCUUGGGACAGGCUCUACACCUCGGCUGAGCGCAAGGAAAAAAUUGACAUGUCUAGAUUCUCUGUUGAAAAUAUUAGAAAUUUCAGUAUCAUUGCACAUGUGGAUCAUGGCAAAAGUACUUUAGCUGACAGGCUCCUGGAACUAACAGGCACAAUUGAUAAAACAAAAAAGAAUAAGCAGGUUCUUGACAAAUUGCAAGUGGAGCGAGAAAGAGGAAUCACUGUUAAAGCACAGACAGCAUCUCUUUUCUAUAAUUGGGAAGGAAAGCAGUACCUUUUAAAUCUCAUUGAUACACCGGGCCAUGUGGAUUUUAGUUAUGAAGUAUCCAGGUCCCUCUCUGCAUGCCAGGGUGUUUUACUUGUGGUUGAUGCAAAUGAGGGUAUUCAAGCCCAAACUGUAGCAAACUUCUUUCUUGCCUUUGAAGCACAGCUAUCGGUAAUUCCAGUUAUAAACAAGAUUGAUCUGAAGAAUGCUGAUCCUGAAAGGGUUGAAAAACAAAUUGAAAAAGUGUUUGAUAUUCCAAGUGAUGAAUGUAUUAAGAUUUCUGCUAAACUUGGAACAAAUGUUGAAAGAGUUCUUCAGGCAGUCAUUGAAAGAAUACCUCCUCCCAAAGUACAUCGCAAAAACCCCCUGAGAGCUUUGGUAUUUGACUCCACCUUUGACCAGUAUAGGGGCGUGAUAGCCAAUGUAGCGUUAUUUGAUGGAGUGGUUUCCAAAGGAGAUAAAAUUGUAUCUGCACAUACUAAAAAGAUACAUGAAGUUAAUGAAGUAGGAGUUCUGAAUCCUAAUGAGCAGCCAGCACAUAAACUAUAUGCAGGACAGGUGGGCUAUCUGAUUGCUGGGAUGAAAGAUGUCACUGAAGCACAAAUAGGAGAUACAUUGUAUUUACAUAAACAACAAGUGGAGCCCUUGCCUGGGUUUAAAUCAGCGAAACCAAUGGUAUUUGCAGGAAUGUACCCUAUAGACCAAUCUGAAUAUAAUAAUCUGAAGAGUGCUAUAGAAAAACUGACUAUAAAUGAUUCCAGUGUGACGGUUCAUCGAGAUAGUAGCCUUGCCUUAGGUGCUGGCUGGAGGUUGGGAUUUCUUGGACUUUUGCACAUGGAAGUUUUCAACCAGCGACUAGAACAAGAAUAUAAUGCUUCUGUAAUUUUGACAACCCCUACUGUUCCAUAUAAAGCUGUUCUUUCAUCAGCAAAAUUGAUAAAGGAAUACAGAGAAAAGGAAAUUACAAUCAUCAAUCCUGCACAAUUCCCUGAAAAAUCAAAAGUAACAGAAUAUUUGGAGCCAGUUGUUUUGGGUACCAUUAUCACACCAGAUGAAUAUACUGCGAAAGUAAUGAUGCUUUGCCAGGCUCGAAGAGCAGUUCAGAAGAAUAUGAUAUUUAUUGAUCAAAAUAGAGUUAUGCUUAAAUAUCUUUUCCCUUUGAAUGAAAUUGUGGUGGAUUUUUAUGAUUCUUUGAAGUCCCUGUCUUCUGGAUAUGCUAGUUUUGAUUAUGAAGAUGCAGGCUACCAGACUGCAGAACUUGUAAAAAUGGAUAUUCUGCUGAACGGAAAUAUUGUAGAGGAGCUGGUAACUAUUGUUCACAAAGACAAAGCACACUCUGUUGGCAAAGCCAUAUGUGAACGUCUGAAGGAUUCUCUUCCUAGGCAACUGUUUGAGAUAGCAAUUCAAGCUGCUGUUGGAAGUAAAAUCAUUGCAAGAGAAACUGUGAAAGCCUAUAGGAAAAAUGUUUUGGCAAAAUGUUAUGGUGGUGAUAUUACCCGAAAAAUGAAACUUUUGAAGAGACAAGCAGAAGGAAAGAAAAAACUGAGGAAAGUUGGCAACAUUGAAGUUCCAAGAGAUGCCUUUAUAAAAGUUCUAAAGACACAAUCUGAUAAGUAAUUGCUGGAAAAAAAAUAUAAUGAAUUUUCAUAAAUUAAAAUUUGUGUAUCUUUUUUCUUAGUAGCUGUAUAUGUUGACAACAGAGUGAAAAUUAUAAAACUUGCUUGUUGCUUUCAGGGUUUUGGGUUUAAAUAACCUAUUAGCAGGGGCACCUGGGUAACUCAGUCGGUUAAGUGUCCUACUCUUGAUUUCGGUUCAGGUCAUGAUCCCAUGGUUUGUGAGUUCGAGCCCCACAUCGGGCUCUGUGCUAGCAACUCAAAACCUGCUUGGGAUUCUCUUUCUCUCUCUGCCCCUUCCCCACUCAUUCCCCACCCCUGCCCCCUCAAAAAUAAACAAAAAUAACCUAUUAGCUUUUCUUUGAAAAGGAAGUAGUAGAUGGAUAAGAGCUUGGAUUCUGAAGCCAUAUUGUCUGGUUUCAAACUUCUUUUCCACCACUCACUGGCAAGGUAGAUUGUUACUUAAUCUCUGUUUACUCUUUAGUAAAAUCAGGAUUAUACUAUUAUUUACCUCCAUAGGUUGUUGGGAAGAUCAUAUCAGAUAGUAUGCUUAGAAUAUUCAGAAGAGUGUAUGACACAAUAGUAUGUACUUAGUGAAUCUUAACUAUUUUGUUUUCACGCAUUUUUUUUAAGUUUAUUUUGAGAGAGCAAGUGCACAUGAGCAGGGAAGGGACAGAGAGAAAGGGAAGGAGAAAAUCCUGAGCAGGAUCCUUAUUGUUGGGGCAGAGCUUCAGAUGGGGCCCCAUCUCACGAACCAAACUGAGAUCAUAACCUGAGCUGAAAUCAAGAGUUGGACGCUUAACUGACUCAGCCCCCCAGAUGCCCCAUGAGUAUUUUUCUUACACCGAAAGGCCCCAUACUUAAGAUUCUCUCUAGUUCAACCCCAAGAUAUUCUCAAAAUCACCUUAUCAAUUUAUUGUUAGCUGGAUAAAUUUAGAUUUAUAGGAGUUAUUGAAGUCAAAUAGCAUACUAGCUGGACAUGUGCUGUUUAGUUUUUGUUAAAAUUUUUAUAAAUAUUUGGAACUAGACAAUUUAUAUACACAUCUAAAUUAAAAUUAAGGGUAGGAGCUGCCUUAAUUUUAUAAUUAAAAUGCAUUUGGUGCAAAAUGAUGGGUAUUUGGUAUUAGCAGCAGUAUUAAUAAUAUUAUUGCCAGAUUUCAUAAUUGAAAGUUUGAGCUUUAGUUAAUUUAGUUGAAGUCACACAGGCAGUAAAUGGUUGUCAUGCUUUAAAAUAUGUCCUUUUAACUACCAUGUUUACCAAGUUAAUGAACAAAUGAGAGGGCAGAUGGUAUUACAGUAAGAGAAAUAAUUUAGCGAUUUAAUUUUGUCCUCUACCUUGAAUGUACUGAAUGACAUAAAUGUCUUUUGGGGAUAAGACUAUUGAUACAUGUUAUACUAAGGUUAUUACAUUAUGAAGUAAUUCUACAGAAGAUAGGAUUUGUUAAAAUUGUGUAUAGAAGUUAAUUACCUGUGAUUUCAUUCUUAUAUAACCUUAGAGAUCUUUCCUUCUCUUCUAGCUGUAUUAGAACAGAUGAAGUAUGAAAUUCUGUAACAGUAUUUUGGAAAACGGCAGUAUAUUUGAAACUAGAAGAGCAUUUACAUAUAAUUUCUAAUACAGAGUGUUCUGUUCUACCAUUACUUUCAGGAGAAAGAAGUUGGUACCUGACAUGAAGUAUACACGAUGUGUGUACUAUGUAAUAUUUGUGUUUUAUUAGUAGGCAUAGAAUUUGGACACAUUUAAUUUUCUUCCUUUAAGCUCUUGACUUUUUAGGAAGCAAUUUUACUUAAAGUAAUAAAAUAUAUUUUUCAAAUUUUUUAAUAUAAGCUUAAGUUCUCUCCCCUGGUCACUCUACCAAACAGAUGAUUUUCAUGGUUUAGAGUUGUGUGCCUUCUAAGUGUAUCCCUGAUAGGACCUUGCUAUACUAAGAUUUUUGCAGAUACUACAAUAAUGUAAAUGAGUAUUAGAAUAGCCACCAUUUAUUGAGUUUAAUAUGUGACAGCCACUGAACUGAGCUCCAUAGGCAUCGCGUCAUUCAGUCUACAGUCAAGAUACAGAUACUAUUACCAUCCUAUCUUACAAGGCAAGAAGCUCAGACUCCCCACAUUGCCAGUGUCAUUGACAGAGCUAGGAUUUAAACAGUGGUUUCUUUAUCCAAACCCCACCAGUUCUUAGCUACCAUAGUUUAUUGCCUUGUGGAAAUAUCUAUUAGCCUUCUUAGUUCUUUACUUAGCAGCAGCUUGGCCUCUGAGCUAGGGAGCUAGAGUCACCAGAAAUCAGUUUGCUUGGGGACCUGAACCUAAAACCAGCACCUAACAUCAGGGGCAGUGAUGGAAAGAUCUUCUAAACUGUGUUUCAGCUAUCCCAUUUAAAGCACAGAAGUUAACUACCGAACCAUGUACUAAAACAGGUAUCUUUAGCUAUUUCACUAUAAUACUAGGACAUUCUUAGUUCAGAUUGUUUGUAGUAAACGGUACAAUUUUAUUACGAGGUGUGUGACUGGAAGAUUAUACUGACAUACUAGUCAUUUAAAGACCAUUUGUAACACUUAAGGUUAUUGUAACUGCAUUACCUGUAAUGAAAGGAGCAUAUUUUAUUUUAAACGUUA